AUGCUACCUAAUUUUAUUUAUUUUUUAUCCCUCAUGAACAAAGAACUAAAAUUAUGUGUGGCUACUAGAAAGUUAGAAAAUAAAUAUGCAACAUUAAAACUUACAAAAAGUAAAAUGAUUAUAAAUUUAUUGAAAGAAAAACUUGUUAUUAAAUCAUCAGAAAUUAGCGAUUUAAAUAAUAAAAUAGAAAGUUUAGAAAAUGAAAUGAAUGUUAUAAAACAGAGUAAUAAUGAAUUAGAGAAUACAAAAUUGGAGCUAGAAGCACUUGAUUCUAAAAAUAAAAAUUUAUUAUCACAGUUAGAAAAUAUAAAUGCAGAAAAUGAAAAAAAUAAACAAGAGUUAAAAAAAGUUAAAAAAGAAUUAGAUAAAAAUAAAAAGUUAAUUGAAACUAAUAAAGAAAAAACAAAAAAGGAAGAAGACAGAAAUAAAAUUGAUAUUAAACCAUUACAAGAUGAAAUUAAAUCUAAUUUACAAAUUAUUAAUGAUCUUAAAAUACAAAAUAAAAAACUAGAAACAGAAUUAAUAAAUGCACGUGCAGAAAAUAAUUUGCCUGAAAAAUCAUUUAAAAAUAUCGAAAAUGAAAAUAAAAAAUUGAUAAAUGAAAAUUUAAGGCUAUUGAAAGAAAAUAAUAAUUUAAUUGUAGAAAAAGAAAAUUUAUCAAAAAAGAUUUCUAAUGUAGAGAAUAUUAAUAAAGAAAAUUUAUAUUUGAAAAAAUUAGUAGAAACUCUAGAGAAAUCAAAUACUAAGACUCAGAAAAAUAUAAAUGAAUCAAGCAACAUAGCUAAGAUAUUUGAAGGACUUAACUAUAAAAUUGAUGAUUUAAAAAAUGAAUUUACUAAUAAAAAUAAUGAGAUUAAUGAAGAAAUAAAACAAUUUAAAUUAUUAAUAAAUGAAAAGGGUGGCAAUGACACACUGAAAGAUAAUACUAUAAAGAUAUUGAAAGAAAGUCUUAAAAUUAAAGAUAAGCUAUUGGGUCAAAAAACAAAAAAAGACAAUUUUGAUUUUGCACCUGAUGUUGUAGAAAAUGAAAUAGUUUAUGGAGAUGUUCCUGUGAUUAAAAAGUGUAAAGUUGAUAAAAAUAUAAAAAAUCCUGUUCAGAAAAUUAAGUCGCAAAUAAAAAAAGAAGAAGAAAAGCUUGGAGAAAUAAAUUUGGGUAAAAAUGAGAAUAUGAAUAUAAAAACGAUAAGUGAAAAGAAAAAGGAAGUUAAGAGUAAACAAAAAGAAAAGAAGGAUAAUAAAAGUAAAAAAAUGACAUCUAAUAAAGAAGUAGAGAUCAAUAAUGAUCUAAAAAAUAUAAAUAUUGGUGACAAUAAAGUAAAUAGUAUUCCUUUUGUAUCAGAAAAUAAGUCACUUUUAUCUCAAGGGACCAUCUUUGAUGAAAUUGUAAAAAAGAAUACAAAAUCUUUUCCUGCAAAAAAUAAUACAUCCUUUUUUGCGAACUUAACUUUUGAAGAUUCAAGUCCAGUACAGAAAAGAUAUGAAUAG